GAGCUUACUUUUCGAACUGUUGAGAUGGAAGUGUGUGGAACUUCAUAAAUCAGAAACACUUGAGAGUAUUUUAAUUACCCAAAGCUAAACGAACUCAUUUGUCUUGGCUCAUUGGCCAAAGAUAAAAGGGAUUGUUUCGUCGCCUAUUGUGGCUCAGCUCACGCGGAUCUGACCAAGUCUGUUUUAUAUUCAAGAAUUUUUUUCCGCUGAUGACAUGUUUUGAAGUCGACGAAUUCCUCGUCGUUCUUGGUGACCUGUUCGAUGUCGCGCUAAGUUUCGGACGUUGUCUUUGGUUUGAAAAGUUUCAAACAAUCUUUUGUCCCUCAAACGAGCUGCGCCGUGAAACUCAUUCUGGAGUGAUUGGUUUGCUCGAUUUUUCCAGUGGUGGAGGACACAACUUGUUAACUUUAUGAUAUUGACAAGCAAUGUACUUGGACCUACUUGAAGCAGAAAUUAUGAUUGAUCGAAUGACUGUAUUUUGAGCGAGUCACGACCUGGUUUUACACUAAAUUACUGAGUAGACAUCAUUGGAGGUCAGUUCAGUGAGUUAAUUCGAUUCACAUGGCAGAUGUGGAAUUAUCGAGUGUGGCUAAUGGGUCGACAGCGCGAUGCCGAGUUGUAACACGCAAUGGAUCAGACAACACCGCCGCAACGAACAAACAGCCACUAGCCGCCACAGACAGCUACAACAUCGAAGCCGCUGCGGACGCCAAACUCCGAGGCGAUUCCAUCGACAUAGGUUUAAUCCAGAGAAGGACGUACCUGUUAUCUGCAGGGAUAGGGGACACGAAUCGGGUUUUCAAUCGUUUCAAAGGGUGGAUCGGGCUCGUCAUAUGGAUCCUAAACGUGAUCAUUCACUUCGGAUUGGAUUUUUACGAGGCAGUGUUUGUGUUUGAAGUGUCAUGGGCCACCUGUAUUGGGGUGUUUUUAAUAACUCUCCUUGCCUGCUGUUAUUCAAUGAUAAAACACUCAGUACCCUGGUUCAUUAAAGGAGUGAGAAAGCUCAAGAAAGAUGGACAUUACCCUAAAACUUUACGGCGCGUUUACCUGAUGUUCAAGUUUAUGCCAAUCGUAGUGGUGAUGUUUGCUAUGGGUGCAGCCAUGGGCCAGUUUGGUUGUUAUUGGUACGAUGGAGCACUGAGACUGAGUUUCUCCAAGCUGUCCAAUGAAACAGGAGUUGAAAUCCCAGGGGAAAUCGAUGUGCUUUUCAACAUACUCAGGGCAACCAGUCUCUUCCACAUCUUCUACGGAUUCUGCCUGUUGCUCGUGUUCCACCUGAGUUUGAUCUUCAUGAUUCAAAGUUCCAUGCGGGAAUUCAAUGAUCGUAUGGGUAAACUUUUCCGCGAAAAUCCAAUCCAGAUUGCUUUCCCUGAAGCUGUCAAUCUGUUCUCCGCUCGCUCCAAGUUCGUUCAUGAAGCAAGCCAAAAGAGCACGGUUGUCCUUACCACUCUUUUAGUUGCCUGCAGUACUUCCUUCGUUCUAAAUGCCUACAACUUCCUUUUCCUAAAGCGCUUUGCUAUUUACGUGUGGUUCGCUAUAGCUCCCCUUAUAUGGGUGGUCUGUCCUCUGACCGGGGCGGCCUGGGUUACCAAGACAUACCUGAAGUACAAACUAGUCGUGGUGAACGCCUGGGUGGACAUCCCUGAGGAACACGAACUCGAGGCUUCUGCGCAUGAUUACUUACACGAAGUGAACUCGAACGGUCGGUCCAGAUCUCCCUCGCCGGUGAAGAACAUGUGGGGCUCGACAAGAAGGACGGCAAAGACAGAAAAAGAUCAAGAACCCUCUACAAAGGCUGGCGAUGCAGCUGGUGUUCAAAAUCAAGGCUUUAAAGAGGACGACAGCAAGCAGGCUGCCAUAACGGCAACGAAAAAAUCUUCACACUCGAGGAAAAACAGUGAAAUAUCUUUACACUUCUCUGUGGACGAAAGAUCAUCUAAACUGAAAGGAGGAUCUCUGAAAGGCGUGACGCUCAAUAGAACACCCGAGAUAUUACUGACGGAUUGUGAUGAGGUAACAGAGAAUGUUGUCCCCUCACAAACCUUUCUUAUGACAAGGUCUAGAAGCGAGCCUUCCCUGACCGAUGUUGAAAAAGUAGACCGAUUUUUUGAAAACCAGGACGCUGUCUUGACCGGAGGUUCAUCGAACGAAAACAUCCCAGAUGUGGAAUCUCGAUCGCAUGUGGUACGAAUAGACAUAGAAGGCUCACAAUCGUCGGGAACUCGAGGCACUCAACUAACUUCCGGUUCCGGCGACACUAUGACGACGUCGUCUGAAUUUACCGCCAGUUUCUCAAGCUCCACGAGAAGCUCGGACGGUGGGAAAGUCACUGAGCAAUUAAAAGUUCCUUCCCGAGAGGAAAACGCCCAUACCACGGGAGAAAAGAAAGAUUCUCUUCCAAGGGCGAACUUUCUAACUGGCAUGGCGAAAACAUUUCAUCAGUGGAGAACAAAAACAAAGAAAAAGAGAAAGUUUAAUUACGAAAAGUAUAUUAUUUACCUAGAGAGUAUUUUACCAACGGUCGGCUUUUCCAUCGGGGGAGUUAUAAUAACCUUCAAUGGAAUUUACACCUUUAUUGUCGUUUUGACUUUUUUAGUUGGGGUUUUCGCUCAAGAAGCCUUCUUUGGGAAUUGAAAGUUGAAAAAAGGGAUGAGCAAAAUAUGAAAUCAGAGAGAUGGGAAAUGGGAAAUAGUAUCUGCAAUGUUGAUAAUUUAAUUGGGAAGUUUAAAAACGUGGGAAGACUUUUUUCUUAAACAUAAUAGGUAAUUUUUAUAUUUAUACUACGAGGUCUGACCUUGGGAGCUGAGAAAAAUGUGGGAAAAAAAAAAUUUCUGAGAGCUUGGUCAUUUUAUAUUUUACGAUAACGCCACGGAGUAAUUAUGAAUAUGAGUUUAACUUAUGCUUGUCAGCGUUCGGUUUUUAUACUUUGAAAAUUUGCUAAUUUUUAUUAAACAGUUAAUCCUUAUCGACAUUGUACGUUUAUAUAUGUAUAUCUUAUUAACCAAGCGCAAGGGCUGUACCGGGAGAUGAUCGGCCUGAGGUCUCGGAAGUACGGACCGAGCGCAGUGGGGUCCUUAGGAAGAAAAUCGAGGGCUGAUGUUUUCACUGCACGGUCCCGAGCAACUGUUAAUGAGAUAGAUUUAUUACACGACUGAAAA